AUGGUGAUUCCAUGUUCCCUUUUCCGUUCCAGCACUGAGAACACCCCAAUGAUCGCCGGCCUUGGCCAGGCUGCAGAGUUGGUGAGCAAGAACUGGGAGGCCUAUGAGGCUCAUAUGCGGGAUGUUCGGGAUUACCUGGAGGCCAGGCUGGAGGCCUCCUUUGGGAAGCAAAGGAUCCACUUCAACAGCCAGUUCACGGGCUCCAAGCGCCUCUGCAACACCUCUAACUUCUCCAUCCUGGGCCCAGGCCUUCAAGGGCGAAGGGUGCUGUCUCGCUGCAAGACGCUUCUCGCCAGCGUUGGGGCUGCCUGCCACUCUGAGAAAGGGGACCGGCCCUCCUCAAUUCUGCUCAGCUGCGGGAUCCCUUACGACGUGGCGCAGAAUGCCUUGCGGCUGAGCGUGGGGCGAGAGACCACUCGGGCCGAUGUGGACCUGGUUGUGCAGGACCUCCUGCAGGCUGUGGCGCAGCUGGACCCGGACCAAGCCCUGUAG